AUGUGGUUAUGGCGCAUCAGUCUCUCAGUCAUUCUCGCCAGCAGAUGCGCGCUGACAGACGCGCUUGAGUUUGCCUCCAUCGAUAAUUACGAUGUGCUGCCAUACAUUGACCCGCUGAUCGGCAGCGCCAACGGCGGCAAUGUGUUCCCCGGUGCUUCGCUGCCGUAUGGCAUGGCCAAGGCGGGCGCGGAUACAGACUCUAGUAGCAACCAGGGCGGCUUUGCAUACGAUGGGAGUAAUGUCACCGGCUUCUCGAGCAUGCACGACUCGGGGACAGGGGGAAGCCCAUCUCUUGGAAACUUCCCAUUGUUUCCCCAUGUCAGUUGCGACAAUGACGAGGUCAAUGGCUGCAUCUAUCCGAAGAAAUCGCGUGCAACACCAUACGUGCCAGACUCGGUCAAGGCCAGUCCUGGGUACUUUGCACUGUCACUGCAGACGGGAGUUCAGGUGGAGAUGACGGCCGCUCAGCACACAUCGCUCUUUCGCUUCAACUUCCCGGAAUGCAGCAAGCCUCUGAUCCUUUUGGAUCUGUCCGAUCUUUCCGAUUCUCGACAAGACAAUGCCACGAUUGUGGUUCAGCAAGGCAAAGGGCGGAUGACGGGCAGUGGCAGAUUCUUGCCAAGCUUUGGAAGUGGAUCAUACACACUCCACUUUUGCGCCGAUUUCCAUAGCUCUGGCCCAGUCAGGGAUAGCGGCAUAUUUGUCGAUGCUCGAGCAAGUACCGAUGUGCAUGAGCUGACUGUUUCACGAGGCAUCAAUGGGUAUCCUCUUCCGGGAGGCGCUUUCAUACGCCAUGAGGCCUCGACAGAUCGAGUGAUCCAAGCGCGGGUGGGCGUCAGCUUCAUUAGCCCUGCGCAAGCUUGCGCGCAUGCCGAAAAUGAGAUUGGCGACUUUGACUUUGACGCCACACACAAGGCCGCUGUUGAGCGAUGGUCCGAGAAGAUGCGUUCUAUUCGAGUCUCACGGACCGGUGUUCAGCCCUCGGUUCUUACCAAUUUCUACAGUGGCAUAUACCGAACUUUGAUCAACCCACAGAACUAUACAGAUGAGAAUCCUCUUUGGAAAAGCUCAGAACCAUAUUUCGACUCUUUCUAUUGUCUAUGGGAUUCCUUCCGCUCCCAGAUCCCCUUUCUGAUAAUCUUUGAUCCGAAUGCUGUGGCCCAGAUGAACCCCGCUGAUCCUGAUAUUGCAGGCUUCACACAAGGUGGCUCAAACGCAGACAACAUCUUGGCCGAUGCAUAUGUCAAAGGAUUGAAAAACGGCAUUGACUGGACUGCAGGGUAUGAGGCAGUCAAGAAGGAUGCUGAGCAGGAGCCUUUUGACUGGUCUAACGAAGGCCGCGGCGGUCUUGAAAGCUGGAAGAAUCUCCACUACAUCCCGGUGGAGGACUUUGACCAUCUUGGCUUUGGUACCAUGACGCGAAGUAUCUCGAGGACUUUGGAAUACUCGUACAACGACUUUACCAUUGCACAGAUGGCCCGAGGUAUGAACCUGACCAUCGAUGCCGAAGGUUACGAGAAGCGAUCCCAGUCGUGGAAGAACCUCUUUGACGCCAAUCAAACCUCUUACCUCAAUGGAACCAAUACCGGGUUUACUGGCUUUUUCCAACCCAAGUAUCUUAAUCAGACGUGGGGGUACCAAGAUCCGCUAAAGUGUUCGAAUAUCGACAACAGUGGAAGUGUCUGUUCACUUCAGAACAAUGGAGCAGAAACUUUUGAGUCGAGUAUCUGGGAAUAUCAAUUCUUUGUACCUCAUGAUAUGGCCGCGCUUAUAGUCAUGCUAGGAGGGCCGUCUACCUUUGUCAAGCGCCUCGACUUCCUUCAUGAUCAAAACAUCACCUACAUCGGCAACGAGCCAGCUUUCCUCACCGUGUAUCAAUAUCACUAUGCUGGUCGGCCCGCUAAAUCUACUGCCCGAGUCCGCACCUAUAUCCCAAAUUACUUUUCCCCGACUCCCUCCGGACUUCCAGGAAAUGACGACUCGGGAGCAAUGGGGUCGUUUGUCGCAAUGUCUAUGAUGGGUCUAUUCCCGAAUCCAGGACAAAGUGUCUACCUGAUCACGGUCCCAUUUUUUGAGUCAAUCAGCAUUAUCUCGCCGCUCACGGGCAAGACUGCAACAGUUCAUGUCGUCAACUGGGCACAGUUUAGUGCUGCUAAUAGUACAGGAAGCACGGGCUUCAUCCAAUCCGCGACCCUGAAUGGCAAGCCUUAUACCCGAAACUGGGUUAGUCACGACUUUUUCACCGAAGGCCAGAAUCUUGCUCUUACCCUUGGAGCCGAUGAAGGUGCGUGGGGUACAAGACCUGAAGAUGUUCCGCCUUCUCUAUCCACGGGGUCGUCGCCACAAUCAAUAGUGCGAACUAUGGUGGGCGAGGUAGACCAGAAUGGAUUCUCGGAUCGACCUGUGAUGGGAAAUCAUCAAGUGAUCGAAGGACAUGUCAGGCAUGCGAGGCAUCAUGGUCAUUUAUCGGGGGGUACAAGUGGAUUUGAGUCGCUGGAAAGAUGA